AUGGCUCUCUUUUCUUCUUCUUCUUCUUCUUCUCUGGUCUUGCAUGACUGCAACCUCUUCUUUACAUUUCUUAUCUUUGUAUUCUCCGCUUUUCUCUUCUUAGCCUCCCGCAAAACCAAGUCGAAACGACUGAAUCUUCCUCCAGGGCCACCUGGUUGGCCAGUUAUCGGCAAUUUGUUUCAGUUCACUACCUCUGGAAAACCUUUUUUCAAAUACGCCGACGAGCUCAGACAAAAGUACGGACCCAUUUACACUCUGAAAAUGGGGACACGAACCAUGAUAAUCAUCAGCGAUGCAAAGCUUUGUCAUGAAGCUUUGAUCGACAGAGGAUCUCUUUUCGCCACCAGACCACCUGAAAAUCCCACCAGAACCGUCUUCAGCUGCAACAAGUUCACCGUCAACGCCGCCCUUCACGGCCCCAUCUGGCGCUCUCUACGACGCAACAUGGUGCAGAACAUGCUCUCCUCCUCGAAGCUCAAGGAGUUCCGUCAUGUUAGAGAUACCGCCAUGGAUAAACUCAUUGAGAGAAUUCACUUAGAAGCUGAAGCAAAUGGGUUUGUUUCAGUACUUAAAACCGCAAGAUUUGCUGUCUUCUGUAUUCUUCUUACUAUGUCGUUUGGAAUCGAAAUGGAUGAGGAAACAGUCGAGAAAAUGGAUCAGAUGAUGAAAACUGUUUUAAUCAUUCUUGAUCCAAGAAUUGAUGAUUAUCUCCCGAUCUUGAGGCCAUUUUUCUCCAAGCAAAGAAAACGAGCUAUGGAGGUAAGAAAAGGACAAGUUGAUUUCGUUUCAAAAUUCAUCGAACAGCGACGAAACGCUCUAAACAAUCCUGGGUCUGAUAAAACAGCAACUUCCUUCUCCUACCUCGACACGCUCUUCGAUUUAAAAGUUGAAGGACGCACAACGACGCCGUCUAACGAAGAACUAGUCUCGCUCUGCUCCGAGUUUAUCAAUGGCGGAACUGACACGACAGCCACUGCAAUCGAAUGGGGUAUAGCAGAACUCAUCGCUAACCCGAAAAUUCAAUCCAAACUCCACGAUGAAAUCAAACGAACAGUCGGUGUUUCACGUAAAGUCAACGAGAAAGACGUUGACCAAAUGGAAUACUUGCAAGCUUUCGUGAAAGAAUUACUGCGAAAGCACCCACCAACUUAUUUUUCGUUAACUCAUGCCGUGACGGAGACGACGACGUUGGCGGGGUAUGAUAUUCCGGCGAAUACGAACGUCGAGAUAUACUUGCCGGGGAUCAGUAAGGAUCCGAAACUGUGGGAAGAUCCGGAGAAGUUCGACCCGGAGAGGUUUUUUUCCGGGAAAGAAAGUGCAGAUAUGACGGAGAGUGGUGGGGUUAAAACGAUGCCGUUUGGGAUUGGGAGAAGAAUAUGCCCUGGAUUGGGCAUGGCGACGCUGCAUGUGAGCUUGAUGCUGGCGAGAAUGGUGCAGGAGUUCGAGUGGAGUGCUUACCCACCAAACAGUGAGUUGGAUUUUACUGGGAAGUUGGAGUUUACGGUCGUGAUGAAGAAGACUUUGACAGCCACGGUUAAACCUAGAGGAUCCAUGGUCCCCUUGGUCAACGGAGAGUGA